CAUACUUGAUACAAAAUCAAAUAAAACAUCUCUAAAAAUUUGAUUCUGGUACAUGUGUUUUUUCUCAGUAAGAUAUACAUCAGCAAUUUGGUGUAGCCUUUUUCUUAAGAUUUCUGAAUUCCUUUAUGUACACCCCCUCUAUAGGAAGCCUUCAGGCGUUUGUAAUAAUGAAAUUUUGCUUUUGGGCGCAUUUAAAAAUAUAUUGCAUAUGGUUACAUCAUCUUAAAACUUUGGGAAUAUUAAUGUUAAAUUUAUUAUAUGUUUGUAUCAGGAGUUAAAAGUUACCCAGAAUUUACGUCGUUAAAUUGUCCUUCGGUAUGCACUCAAUUCAUUUUCUAGCAUAAUUGAAUUACGCAUAUAGCAUAUUUUGUACAUUCAUAAAUAAUAUGGUUUACCCCGAUAUUAGUACUCUGUUAUUUUCUGUGUGUCAAAACUUCUAGGAAGUCUUUUUUCUGCUUCAAAAUUAAGGCUCCUAAAGUAUUACAGUGACAUAAUUAUAAGAAGUAUAUUUUCAAAUGCAAAAUCCAAAAUAUAGAAAUAUAAAAAGUCAGUGCAGCAACGCUGAAUAAAUUUUUUUGAGAAAAAUACAUUACAGGUCGGUUUUAGCUUUAUCAUGAACAGUGAUUAGAAUGAGGCUAGCGAUAUAUCGUGAUACUAUUGAUAGUACGAUAUGAAUACAUUUCAAUUUUGUGACAACAACAAUUUGGCUCUUCAAUAUUUUCCCACAAAUGUGGACUAAAAUAUCAAAAUAGAGCUCCAUAUUUGAGGGAAAAUAUUAAAUUGAAAUGUCCCAAAUAGCAUGAUAUUCAUAUCGUACUAUCAAUAGUAUCACGAUAUAUCACUAGCAUCAUUCUAAUCACUAAUCAUGAAGAGAACUACGAUAGUCUCAAUAGUCAACGCCACCAGGCGUUGGUUCGAUUUUUUUAAUUUCAGUAAAUACCUUUUAUGAAAUGUAGCAUUUUUUUCAAAUCUGUUCCUUUAAUUUUCAUAAUAUUUAUUUAAAGUAUAAAAUUUUCUCUAAACUUGAAAGCGCAAAUGUGUUACUUAAUUUCAUUUUAACAUAAUGACGCGUCUAUAUUUUGAAUCCACCUGCAGAAACGAUUAGCUGUCAUACAUUUUCUUUUGAAAAAGACCACCCAAACAAAUGUUAAAUUAUGCUUGCAUUUAAUCAACAUUCAAAUGAACGAAAGUGAAUAAAAAAGAAGCUAUACGAAGUCUUUUUUAAUGAAAAAUCUUAAUUAAGACAGUCAAAUCUCAACUGAUAUUCAAAGCGUCAAAAAACAUUAAUUUCCGAAGAUUAAUCUAAGUGAAGAAAGCUCGAUGAAUUUCGAUUAUCCACGCUAAGAUGUUAUCCACCAAACUAGAAAAGUAGAAAAAUAGAAGUAAAAACUAGCAUAAACUUGCACAAAACGAAGCCCACUUCACACUAAUCUGGGUACAUUUUGUAUGUAAAACUACCAAGAGAACCAACUUCACGCACUAGAAAAACUAGUUUUGUGGUUGUCCCCUUGAUCCACGCCAUCUCUGAUAUGAACCAUUGAACAUAAUUUAUUAUUAAAUCUUAAAAAGUAAAAACAAUGGUUCAUAGAUAAGGUGGCAUGAUAUUUAUGUUUUAUAAGGAUAGUCUUAGGUUAAAGUAGUUUUAGCAAUAGUACCUUACUCUAUAGUUCAGUAAUUUUUGGUGUAGGGCGGCGCCACUGUAUGUACAUUUAAACUAACGCCAUCUAACGUGUUUGAUAAUUUUUUUCUCCAAAAAAGUGGCAAUAUAACCCGUCUUUGCUUUUAGUCCUGGGACUGAAGUAAAAUUUAGUUGUUCCACUUGAUCUUUAAUCACUUAUUUUUUCUUUCAAUUUUUCUAUAACAUUUAGAUCACCGAGAACUGUAAAAAAGUGGCCAAACAGUAAAUAUUUAUGGACAAAUUUGAAUACAAAUAACUGCAUAUAAAAACAGUCCGUAAUCAUUCUUACAGACACAGCAGAAAAUUCACGAAGAAAGCAAUAUUUCAAGACAACGAAAAAAGCUAAUGACGAAUCAUGAUUUAUUUUGUUUUUAUAUGAUAUUUUUAUUUGUAUAACUAGAUACAAUUUAAUACUUUAGAAGGUUGCACUAUUAUUGCACUUUUAUUGAUUUAUCAUAAUCACCCCGCCACUGAAUCAGCCAAUCUCAAAAUUCUGAAUUUUCUAUUGGAAUUGAAAAAGUUAGGAUCAAGAAUCAAAAAUGGUUCCUCAACAGUCUCAAGAUGGCAUUACAGCGGUUUCACAAUCAAUUAUUGAAUCCAAAGAGGAAAGAGAUUUGGUAACCGUAGAUGAUCAAGAAGGAAAUUUAACAGUCUUUGGAUCCCAGCAAGUAAAAGAGACUUCAAACACACCAUACACCGAUGCAACUCAGACAAAAAAGCACAGCCCUGGUCACGUGAAACGACCUAUGAAUCCUUUUAUGGUAUGGAGUCAAAUCGAGCGUCGGAAAAUUUGUCAAAAAACACCGGAUAUGCAUAAUGCUUUGAUUUCAAAAAAACUGGGAAGUAAAUGGAAAUCAUUAUCAGCUAUUGAAAAGCAACCAUUCAUCGAAGAGGCUGAACGAUUGCGUCAAUUCCAUUCGAAAGAAUAUCCCGACUACAAGUACCGUCCAAAAAAGAAACUACAGAAAGGAUCAAAAGCUGCGACUGUCUGUUCUGCAACAUCGAAUUUCAAGAAAAAUACUACAUCGUCAAGUUCAUUGUCCAACUCCAGCACAGAUACGAUUGUUGACCGCAAGCAACUCCAUCACAAAUACAAUAGCAGUGGAAAUCGUAUAUCGAGAAAGAAGAAUACAGCUACAUCAACUAAAAUAACCGAAACAAAUAAAAUUGGCACAGGAAUUCAUUUGCAAUCUAUUUCUUUGAACAACGAUCUAACAAAUUUUGCUAAUAAUAAAUUGCAUUGUAUGCUUGGCUAUGAUCUUAUUCCAAAUUCACCUGAGAGCGCCAGUUUUUUUGAUGAGAACUCAUUAAUUUCCACAAGGCCAGACUCACUGGAGAAUAUUCUUUUCGAACCAAACAAAAAGAUUGGUAUCAUUGAUGACACCACUUAUUGUGUUAUGAACGAUUUAGAUUGUUUUGGAAAUGAAGAGAAUCGAAAUCUUCAAAUUGGCAUUGAUGACAUGUAUCAACAAAUGACAGAUAUUGAUGAAAGUAAAAUUAUAAAAUCACCAUUUGUCGAUGACACAAAGUUAUCGGAACCUAAGUACGCCUACGAUAUGGAAAAUAUUCAUGAAAUCCUAAGUGUUGAUGCCAAUCUCAAUUCAGCCAGUCGUUCAUAUUUAAAAAGCAAUACCAGUAUGAAUAUGACAGCAUGUAACAGUAAUUUUUACAAUAAUUGUACAAGCACCAAUUAUGCAACAAACUUCAAGAACAAUAUAAAUAAACCAUUCGCCACUAUCGAUCCAAACCAGAUAUUUGUUAAGAUGCCAAUGCCUGCCAUUGCAAAUGAAAAUGCAUACAAUGGUCGCCGAUGUAGUAGCACUACUAUGUGUGCACCAAUUGGUAUUAAUUUUUUGCAAGAUGAAUUCACUACUGUCAUUGCAAAUGAUUUUGAUAUGGGAUUUGAUUUAAACACCUAUGACCUUGAUGAGCAAAAUAAUGAAUCCUCUAGUUCAGGAAGUCAUCUUGCAUUCUCUUGCACUGAUCCGAACAUUUUAUCUGAUAUACCAAGUCGUUAUCUGACUGCAUUGAACAACAUUCAAAAUGAAAAUAUAAAAACAAUAUCCCACAAACAAUGCAAGAGAAAUGCAUUUGCAAGAAGAAAAUCAAUGAACAUUUUUAACUACAAAUAAUGUUUAAGUAUUAAUAUCUUUAUAAAUAUAAAUAUAUAUAAAACAAAACAUCAGGCCCUAAGUGAGUAAAUGAAAAAAAAUUAAACUAUAUAACAUGAAAUGAUCACACAGAAAAAUUUGGCGUCAUUAGUUGACAUUACAACUAUCAACCAGUGUCGGUAAAAUUCUCAAGUGUUUCACUUUGCAGAUUUUUUAAUUUGAUAAAAGAUUGUUGGCAUGAUUUCCAUCCAUAUGUUUGAAAUCAGUAAAAAUGGAGGGCCUCUCAGUGAAAAUGGAGGGUGACACACCAAAAUCAAUACUCUGUUCUUGUAGCUUAUAGAGUAAAUGAAUCAAUUUUUUAUACUUCGAUAUAUUUAUACAUAAAAAAGAACAGACGAAAAGAUAAAGUAUGUGAUAAAAUUGUUAAUUGAUAACUGAUGAUAAUGCAUGUUUUUUAAAUACCUUUUAAUGGAACGAAUGUAGAUAUUUGGACGAUAGAAACCGUUUCGUGAUUUUUUUUUUGUAAUUCUCACCAAUCAUUACUUAUUUCCUCGCAUUGUGACAUAUUUUACUAUAGAUACUAGUUGGAACAUAUUUACUUUACAAACGGUGCUUUUUAAUUCUGAGUAAACUGUGAAAAUAUCAUCUAUUCAGGAGAAAAUUCAUUUUACAAAUAUAUUUUUCUUCCUUUUCUGAUAAUAAUCUCAUGCAGUAGGUUUAGUUUCAGACAUUUGAAAAAAGAAAACAACAGAAUAUGCAUGCCAUCACACAAAAAUAAUUUUAUAAUCAUAAAUAUAUUUAAUAUAAAUAUUUAUCAAACUUUUUAAUGGUUUGAUUUUUGUACAUGAUCGAUAGUAAGUUCAAUUUUUCUAAAUCAAAAGAGCGGAAAAAAGUAAAUUAUUUACAAAUUAUAAAGUAGAAUACUAUACUCGAUAAGAAUGUCGAAUUUUCAUAAAAAUACUGCCACAUCGUACAGAAAAUAUUUGUGUGAUAGAAGGUCUAUCAUCGUAAUAAAAAGAAGGUUGUUAUGUGGUACAGAAUUCACUUUCAAUUUCAAGUGCAGUUCUUGUUAACUUUUCUUAUACUAUAUGAAAUUUGAAAAAAAAACCGUUUACACAACAGAAGUGAAACAAAAAAGUAAUAAAAUGGUUGAAAAAAGAUUCCUAUUAAUUAAUACAGAGAAAAAUUUAAGCGUUGAUACGUAUGAGAGUGAGUCCGAAUAUUUUUGUUAAUUCGCCGAUUGCUACUAAGAGUUUUUGUGAUUCUAAAAGAAGUCAGUAAAUUUUGGUGUUUACUGGGGUGAUCCAAAUUGCAAAAGUUUGAGUAAACUUCGCUCCCCAUAUCCAUCCGUAUAUUUGUAAUAAACAGUGUUUUCUAUAUCGAUUUCACUGACCCGUAGAAUAGCUGAAAAUGAUAAAUUCAGCCGGAUAUAAGAACCCAAAUGCGUAUUGCGACCGCAUCUGCUGCUUGCGUUUCUCAUAUCUGGCCGAAUUUAUCGUUUUCAUUUAUUUCACGGAUACCGAUAUCGAUAUAGCAAACAUAGGAUAUACUUCAUAUUAUAAAACUCUAUUAUGUAAAUUAUGGAAAUCGGUGAAUAUUUUAUGAAAAACUGAUUUUUUGGAUGAAAGUACAUUCUUGUGCUCGCCAGAGUAUCAUUAUUUGCUGCUGCUCAGCAAAUAACUGAGAGCUGAGUAAUGCUGAACUCGUACGACUAACGCAUACGAAACGGAUGCACGAUACAUAUUCCCAUUUCGCUUCGUAUGUGCUGCCGUUGACGCUAUUGCCGCUGCUGUUUCACUUACGCGUAAAAUACAACGGCAUCAACGGUAACACACUAUACCAGCGAACAUACGAAGUGAAGGAGAAUAUAUGAGAGACUGAGAGCAAAAACAGCACGUCGCAUUUCAUCUCUUGCUUUCACUUCGUAUGUUCGCUGGUAUAAUGUGGUACCGUUGAUGCCGUUGUAUUUUACGAGUAAGUGAAACAGCAGCGGCUAUAGCGUCAACGGCAGCACAUACGAAGCGAAAGGGGAAUAUGUAUCGUGCAUCCGUUUCGUAUGCGUUAGUCGUACGAGUUCAGCAUUACUCAGCUCUCAGUCAUAUGCUGAGCAGCAGCAAAUAAUGAUACUCUGGUGCUCGCAGGAAAGAAAUGUCAACGAAAACAUAAUAAUAAAUAAUAAUUACUAUAUUAAUUCAAAAAAAUAUCAAACCUUUUUGAGAAAAUGGAAAUCAUACAAAAAUGUUUACAGGAAAACAACAAGACCAAAACAGCAAAAUGAUGAACAUAAAAACUGAUCUCGCGAAAAGUUUCCCUUUCUCCAAAAACAAGACUUCGUUCAUUGAUUUCUUUUUUCAUUUUAACUCGGAAAAUUCCAAUGAAUUUGUUCGAUUUCAAAUUCUGUGGAAUAGUAACCAAUUUUAUACUUUUUUACGUAAAUUCAUAUUUCAUGUGAAUUAAGGAACGAAAAAUUUGUUUGUGUGUUUAUCGUAAAUUUUUGAAUUAAUCGUAAAUAUGAUAUCGUUUUAUUUUAUACAAAUGUAAACAUAAUAAUAAAAACAAACAUAAUGAAUAGCAGGGUCUGUCGUUAUCUGACGCCAUCGUCGUUCAUCCAACCACACACUAAAUCGAAUGUGUUAUUUGUAAAAUAAAGUGCACAUUCCGGUUUUAUGACUUUUAUACAAAAAAGAGCGCUAUCUUUGAAUUUAGACAUCUACUGAAAUAGACAUAAAAAUGUGAUGAAAUCUGUGAAAGUUUCACGUCUUCAUGAUAUCACACAGGCAUGUCUCCAUAUUUUUUGUUAUUUUUGUAUGGAAUGUGAGUCAAAAAUUAUUUUUAUGUCAAAACUAAGUUAGUUCAGUUCCAACGGUUCAGUUUCGAUUUUUCCAUGCCAAAUACAUAUUCUACUAAUGGAUUACUAUUUUUGCGAAUUUUAAAAGUGCUCAAAGUUCUCUAUUUUGGUACUUUAGAUGUCCAAGUUCAGAUAGACAGUGUUGCUUAAAUUUUUAUAGACAAUGUGGCUGACUACGGCCCUGCUUAAAAGCCAUUUCUACGACAAUUUAUUUUGUCGCAGAUUUAAAGAAAUAAAAAGUAUGGAAGAUUUUUUUGCGUGAAUUUAAACGGGCAGAUCUCCGAAAUUGUCACAUGCUCAGAUUUUAAUAAUAUUAUAAAUGUAGUAGAUUUUUUUUUAAAUAAACGAGAAAAGAACCAUG